CACCGUGGAACCUAGCGCAGUGGUUGGACUGACAAGUUGCUGAACAGACACCAUUACAAGUUCUUCACUCUGCUCUGUCGGAUAAGAUGGUGCCCCACUCUCUUGGUUUGUGCCUCGUCGCGCUGAUCACAGUAGUGGUUGCAAGCAGCGAUACUAAUUCAAAAGUAUCAUGGACGGACUGCGGAGCACCUCAUGGCAAAAUCAAAAUGACUGCAUUUUUGGAGUUCAAGAGGUCUGACGUAGCCCGACAAAAAUGUCAGAAUCUCAAUGGAGAUCUUGCUACUGUUCAAUCAACGCUGGAGAGAAAUUGUGCGAAUGCAGCACUGAAUAAAGUGAGAACGUGUACAUGUUGCAACUCAUGGGGUUCUUAUACGUGCGCUCCUGUGUCUGGAACGGGAUGGUGUUGGUGUUCUACAUGGGUAGGUCUCGCUGGCACAAACUUUUCCAAUGGACGGUUUCAAUCUUGGACUUGGUACACACCAUCCUCCGACACAACAUCAAGUAGCAUAGCCUGGAAAAGCCUAUAUCCACAACAAUACUAUGCCAGCUAUCGUGUGUUGUACCAUCCUGAAAAUGGAGAGUUUCUCAAUGUCCCUGACUAUACCUAUCCCUACCUGUGUCAACAAUACUAUCCACCAGCACCGCUCAAUAUAAGUUUGAUUUACGGAAGGGUCAAUGUACUGCUUGUUUCCACUGUCUUACACCCGGCAACCUACUUGUCUAACAUCAGUGAAUACUGUUUUACGUACGGACCAGCUCUCACUACAGACACCAUUCAUAAGGCAUACGGUGCGAAUCGUGUGUGUGACACUGUUAACUUCACAUCGCUCAAUUGUACAAGUAACACACUUUACAACAUCUCAGUUUAUGUGAAAACGGUGGCAGGCCUUUACAGCUCUGCAUCGGGAUGGUCCACGUUUGCAACUCGUCCUGAAAGUCCAUCCGGGGUAAUAAUACAUACAGUCACCGAUACGUAUGUCACACUAAAGGUCAACGUUACAGUACACGGAAACCUGCCCAUUGUAACGUACCGGUUCCGAUUUGAAGACACAGUGAACAAGCCACAAGUAUACACGUUUUCAUCCCAAAAAUCUAUCUAUGUGCGUAUAAAAUUGACUGCCGACACACACUAUGGCGUCUCUGCACGGAUAAAAAACAAGUACGCCUGGAGCUGGCUUUCCAGUCGAACGUAUAUCAGGACCUUACCCUCAGCACCAUCAAAACUCACUCUAACAACCACGGACACUGAAAUCAGCGUAGCUCUGAAGGACACCUACAAAUCAGAAAUUUCCAAGUAUUGCUUCAUUCUGAAUGCAGCAAAGCCCCUGCACAAGGCAAUGAUCUGUCAUGGUGCGCACGAGGUCAGGUUCUUAGGGUUGACCAGCAAUGUGCUUUACUCUGUGAGGGCCUUUGUUGCAACAGUUGAUGGUCGGAACAGUACUCCGUCUAAAGCUGUGACUAUCAGAACCAAACCGACGGAUUCCAAAGCUAGGACGAAUCAUUCAGAUACCACCAUAGACAGAACCAGUGGCUCUCAGGAGAGCUCAAGCGGUUCUGGAUCUGCAGCAAUAGGUGCUGGUGCUGCUGGUGCUGUACUGCUGGUGCUGGUCGUGGCCGUUAUCCUUCUCUGGAAAUUCAGGUUGAUACCUCUAAAAUAUUUCCAGGGUGGUGAGUUGGAUCUAGGAAAUCAGUCUGUGUCCAACCAUCAUUCUCAGGAACACGAGACCAUGGAGAAUAACUUUGAUGCGAAUGAGCGGAACGUCAGGCCAGAAAGCAAUGCCAGACGUCGUCCUGCUUGUGCAUCAGAUGAUGAUUAUGGUGGUCCUAUCUAUUCUGCAGUGGAUGAGCCAGCGGAUUCCUCUACCAAUGCCGAGACUGAGGGCAAUACAUAUGCCCAUUUGCACAAAGGUCAUAGGCAGGAGCAUGCAGUGCUGGAUGUCCACUACCAAAACACAACCUUACCGUUGUCCUCUGAGGAAGUUGAGACGUUUGAACGGGCACAUAGCGAGGGGUACAGUGCUCUUCAAAGGCCAAAGACCGAGAAAAAGGGCAACAUGUAUGACUCAGCACACAGCGAGAAUGGGCAGGAGCUGGAUAUGGCGUCUAAUAUCGCUGCGCCACCGUUCACCAUCAAGCAAGUUGGGAAAAUGGAGCAAGCUGCCGCAAUGCGCUGUGGAAGUGCCGCAUGUGCUGAACAAGAUGCGUCCUUGUCACACACAUACUCCGCCGUGGAUUUGUGCAGAGAUACCAGGGUUGCGCAGGGAACUGUCGCCACCCCCGCGGCCAUAAAGCCAACACAGAGCGUGAGCAACUCAGGUCCACCAAUAUCACAAGCUGCAGCUUAUGUCAACACCUGUGACCAUGGAAACGGACGGACGCGUGAAGCCGCUCCAUUUCAGAAUCCACUUUACCAUCAGAUGGCAUGAGUGUAGAUGAGAGUCUGUACGACAACGCACGAGCACCAGCAACACACGGGAAACCAGCAUCGUAAGCAAAUGGCGAAGCAUGAACUGCCAGCAAACACCGAUACGAAGACUGAACGAAUACGACGCAAAGCAUAUCCGGCCGAUAACACUGAACCAUGUACCAUAUAUGGUGGACGCAAGAGAAGCACACGCAUCUGUUAACCAUACUAUUUAAUCAUCACGGUACACGAUGCAGACAUACACCCUCAAUAACACUGUACAUGUGGUAUCAUUGUGCGUCAAUUUAUUAUGGUUAUGAUUCCACAAAAUUCUUCUUCUGUAUGAAUGUUAUGCUCAUUAAAUGUCAGAGGAAGAAUUUGUCUUGUGACUCAGCUCUCUUUUAGCAGUUCGGGCUCAGCGUUAAAGUUAAAUCCUUAGUUUAGACGUUAGCAGUGCAAUCUGCUGCACAAUUGUUUUGAGAAACACAAUACUGAAGCAUCAGUAAUAAAAGAACAUAAUACCAUACUGUAGUCGUGAGUUCAAGGGACCUGCUGACCCACACCGUAAUAUGUCUAAACACAUAGCUAUCAUAAUACAAUGAUUGAUCAUUUACUCCACAGCACAUCCAUUUGAAUACCGUCCAUACUUGCGUACCGGCUGGUAAAGUGAUCAACACCAUCCAUACGUGUCUCAGUAGAAUUGUAUAAUACGUUUGCCCGUAUUAUUUCUGCAGCGUUUCGCACUCUGUACGUCAAUUACCUGCACAUGUAUCCUACUUUCAUUAUACAACUCAGCAAGAUUCCGCGGUUUAUUUGUUGAAGUCAAUAAUUGACAGUGCGUGUGUUUUAGGACUGUUUUGAUAUACAUAUAUUUACUUCUGUGUUUCUUAUUCUGCUGUUGCAUGCGAAUUAGCACCUCAUUGACCCCGGUCGUUCCUCAGUCUUCUUUCCAUUUGGCCUAAGCGAAGACUAGCCAAGGUUGCUUGUCGAUGUCCACGUGAAAA